UGGACCUGAUGUGCGCGGGUUGAUCCAAAGUUGACUAACUUAAAUUAACGUAACUAGCGUGUUGUAUGGAAAAAUAAGUUGUUAUUGUGCUAAUGUCACUCAGCAACGAACCGUUUAAUAUUUUACGUGGUCCAUCGUUAUUCUCGUCCGUGCUGUUUUGUGUGUGUCCAACUCCUGUGCAUUAAGAAGAGGGCGUUUUUCUAAAAUACCCCAAACGCGUGACCUGCGGGCAGUAAUUAAACAAAACGAAAACUCUAGUACAGGGCGGCCGAGGUGUCGCGGAAUAAAUUAAGUACGUCCCGCGCGUGUAUUUCCCCCCGUUGCGAAACGGCUCAUAUUUGUCGCCGUCGACCAACCAUCGUGUGUGUAGUAGGCCUGGGCGGUUGAUAUAUUGUCGGCGUGUGCGGCACCCCCCCACCGGGUCCUCCGGCUGACUUUGUGUUUUGCGUGCCACUUUGUUCGUGCGUAGUGCGUGUGUGUGUCGGCGCAUGGGUGCGAGCGCCUGUGUGUGUGCGUCCGCGAAGUGACACUUCGAUUAUUGUGUGGCGCGGCCGUCGUUAACGCUGUGCAUAUGUGUUGGUGCUGUGUGAUGGCAAAAACACAGGAACGUCAAACACGACUUCACUGUGCAGCAGCGCCUACUUGGUUGCGAUAAUAAUCAAAAAUACCAAAAACGCUUGUCGCCGGACGUUCGAAGAAGGGUUGCAUCAGGCGAGCAGGCGAACAACGAAACUACCAACGAGUGGCCUUACCGAGAAGCGGAUAAGAAACAAGUGGUUUACCUGGUACCACGACGAGGGUUGGCGAUAAAAAUCACGCACCCACCAGAAAGGAACCCACGUUAACCUUCAGACUCACUUCUUCGGAACAAAGUCGUAAUCCGUUCCCUCGAAAAGCGCACCAGCAGCGACUGCGAGUGUGUGAGUGCGCGUGUAAAAACAAACAAGUGUCAGCGCAUUCUUCGAUUGUCCGUGGCAAAUUGUACAAAAUAAGUUUCGCAUCAAAUUUGACGUUUGUGCGUUCGUCCAUCACAACAAAGCUUUUGGGGUAAAUUGGUGUUCUGUGUGUGUUUUUGUGGUCAACGGAACCAGAAACAUUCCAAUUUCCGUCCGGGAAAAAGGAGCCCACUACAUUCGCACCAUGAGGAACAACGUUCUGAACAGUAAACACACGAACAACAACAACAUGGAAUCGUUCUACGAGGACGGUAAUGCCCAGUAUGCCCCGACAACGGCCAGCACCGGAACGGGUCCCACCAUUGGCAACGGCAAUGGAUUGAAGCGACCGGCGACGCUAGAACUGAAUCCGGGCCCCGGGAAGGCCCGCAAAACCCGCUACACAUCGGCAAUCACAAUCCCGGCGAUUUUACCGUCUCCGGACCUGCAGAUGCUGAAACUCGUUUCGCCGGAGCUGGAGAAGAUUAUAAGUCAUAAUGCGGCCCUCGCGACACCUACACCAAGUGCAAUCAUCUUUCCCCCGUCGGCCAGUGCCGAGCAGCGGCAGUUUGCGAAGGGCUUCGAAGAUGCGCUCCUGUCCAUCCACAAGAAGGACACCAGCAGUAAGCUGAACGUGGCCAGCAAUAAUAACAACAAUAACAGUACAAGCACCAACAAUAACAACAGCAGUCAGACAAUCGUCGUUACGGAGCACCAAACUGUGAGCGCGCAACUAGCUCCACCCGUGGCGACGGGUGUGGUCAGCAGCGGGCUUACCUCCAACGGCCACACUGCCAUGAGUGGCGGCGAGAUGACCUACACUAAUUUGGAUAAUUAUCCAGGUGUGGUGAAGGAAGAACCGCCUACCACUGGCACACAGUCACCCCCGGUCAGCCCGAUCGAUAUGGAGUCGCAGGAGCGGAUCAAGCUCGAGCGAAAGCGACUGCGCAAUCGAGUGGCGGCCAGCAAGUGCCGGCGGCGAAAGCUCGAACGCAUCUCGAAGCUAGAGGACAAGGUGAAGGACCUGAAAACGCAAAACACCGAGCUCGGCUCGAUGGUGGUCAAUCUGAAGCAACACAUCUACCAACUGAAGCAGCAGGUGCUCGACCAUCACAACUCUGGCUGCACGAUAACGUUGGUGGGCAAAUUUUGAACCCCACCCAAUCACCGACGGGUCCACUGGUUCUGCUGGAUGUUCUGAUCGCGCAUUUCUGUCCGCGUCUGGUGCGCUCAGUCAGCGCUCCCCGUUGUAUCGACCUCGCCUGUGGGAUGGUUGAGUUUGAAACACUCGCAAAUCCAUUAAACGCUUAGCUUUUAGGUUGCAAGCGAGCUCUCCGUGAAACGAAUCCAGGAAUUGACUGCAUGGGACAGAGGAGCGAUUGUUUCGACCGGCCAAGGACAGAAACACGGAACACAACAAAAGAAAAAAAUAACGCAAAACAAAGCUUAUUGCCAUUGUGAGACACAGAAAUGCCUUAUCGUAUUGUAACUUUAAUAGCGUAAGCAGCAGCGCAGGGAUCGGGUGCAGUGAAAAUGGAAAUGGCGACAAGUGCUAAACGCAGGGUAAAGCUCUAGUGUUAACCAGUUUUAUUUUAUUUUUAGAGGAUAGUUCUUUUAGCGCGUCUGUCACCGACGCAGUGCGAAAAGUCAGUAAAGCGCGUCGGAAGCAGGGCUUGACUAAGGCAAACAGCCGUAAGGCAACUAUCGACCGAUUUUGAGUUAAUGUGUGUUAAAGACACGGUUUAUACGGCGCUGGAGAGCUAAAGGCCGUUUGGAUGAUAAGUGCUUUCUAGUCGUUGGAUGAUUGGGCUUUUUAAUAAUUAGUUACGGUACGCUACCGUGUCGUCUGCAAUUUAGGUGUCAUACGUUUCCCCUUUUAGAUCUUUGUUUUGCACCGCAUAUGGCGCAGUUUUAGUUAGAGAAUACUAUAGGAAAUCCAACCUUGAAUACCACUACGCCUCUACGAUUAUUCGAUCAAGCGAUCAAACCUCUAUAUCCAGUCAAUAGCAAUACCCAGUUACAAACAUGUCAUGUAGCUUUCCACGAAGUUCUCGGGUCUAAAACGAACCCUCCAUCCCAGUUCCGUAACAUAGAUUUCUGUUGCAAUGUAGGUUUCCAAUUCUGGUUCAAUUCUGCGCAGGCAACCAUAGCGUAGAGUACACACCAUAGUAACACGCCGCUUAUAGUACAGAGAAACAGAUUUGCCAUACUAGGGGACAGGAAACCGAAACCGAAGAGGAAAGAAGUGACCGCGUCGAUAGCGUUCGAUUCUCAGAUAAGGUUUUAUGUAUUUAAACAGAGCAGCGAUUGGUUGGCGUACGAGGUAGGAUGUGAGGAACCACGCGGAAGAGAAGCGUCCUUCCGCCGGGGACUCUUUAGAUUGAUGCAAAAUGGUACGCAAAAUGCAAAACCCAUUGAGACACAGAUUGCAAUUACUACUAUCGAUUAGCUUAUAAGCACCAUGUGCUAUAUAGAGUCAUUGAAUGAUUAUGUUCUAAGCGUUUUUAGUUUUGUUUUAACUUUAUUUUUCGAUGAUAUUUACAAUAAACAUAAAACUCAUUAUUUACCUAAAGCCGA